UCGAAGCGGGGCGGGACGGGGAACACCGGGAUGGGAUGGAGAGCGCCGUGAUGGAGAGCACCGGGAUGGAGAGCGGGGCGGCGGCGGGCCGGUUCCCGUUCCCCUACGCUCCGUACCGCAUCCAGGAGCAGUUCAUGCAGGCGCUGUACGGCGCGCUGGAGGCCGGCCGGGUCGGCAUCUUCGAGAGCCCCACGGGCACGGGCAACAAGCUGAGCCUCAUCUGCGGGGCCCUGUCGUGGCUGCGGGACUGGGAGGAGAAGCGGCGGCAGGAGGAGGAGCGGCUGCUGGCGCAGGACGGGCUGAGCUCGCAGCGGGCGCGGCCGGACAGCGCGGGCACGGCCCCCGGGUCCCCGACCCGCGACCCCGACUGGGUCACGGCCUUCGUGCAGAACAAAGAGGAGCGGGACAGGGUGGACAGGCUGAAGGAAGAACACAUCAGAAGGAAAAAGCGAGAAGAUAGCCUUGAGAAAAUUCGGCACAAUGUGCAGUUAAAAUACGCAGCAAAGAGAAAAAGAUGUGAGGAGGAUGAGGCAAAGCGCCUUCUCCAGCUCAGCAAGGAGGCUCUUUCACAGGGAGCUGGAGAGGGUGUUCUAGACCAGCUGGAUCACAAUGAGGACGAGCUGAUUCUUGCUGAAUAUGAGAGUGAUGAUGAAAAGAAGGUGGUAUCUGGGCUGGAAGAAGAUGAUGAUGAUGAUUUGGAAGAGGAGCAUGUGACUAAGAUCUACUACUGCAGCCGCACUCACUCCCAGCUGUCCCAGUUUGUGCGCGAGGUGCAGAAAAGUCCUUUUGGCAAAGACACACGUCUGGUCUCCUUGGGAUCCAGGCAGAAUCUGUGUGUGAAUGAGGAGGUGCGACGCCUGGGUGCUCUCCAGCUCAUCAAUGACCGCUGCAUGGAGAUGCAAAAGAACAAACAUGAAAAGAAGAGCGAUGAGGAGAAUGAGGGGAAGAAGAGACGUGUGAGUCGCACCGUGUGCCCAUUUUAUUCCUAUGAGCAAAUGCAGUUUCUCCGUGAUGAAGUUCUAGUGGAAGUGAAGGAUAUUGAGCAGUUGGUGUCCUUGGGAAGGGAGACCAAAGCCUGCCCAUAUUAUGGGAGUCGAUUCGCCAUCCCUGCUGCUCAGCUGGUGGUGCUGCCCUAUCAGAUGCUUUUGCAUGAGCCUACCAGGAACGCUGCUGGGAUCAAGCUGAAGGACCAGGUUGUGAUCAUUGACGAGGCUCACAACCUCAUAGACACCAUCACCUGUAUCCAUAGUGCCGAGGUCAGCGGCUCUCAGCUGUGCUGUGCCCACUCCCAGCUGUCGCAGUACAUGGAGCGAUACAGGAAACGUUUGAAGGCAAAGAACUUGAUGUACAUUAAGCAGAUCCUGUAUUUACUGGAGCGGUUUGUGGCCAUGCUGGGAGGUAAUGUGAACCAGAAUCCUGGAUGUCAGGCAGUUUCCCAAACAGGGACAGUACUAAAAUCCAUCAAUGACUUUCUAUUUCAGAGCCAGAUUGACAAUAUCAACCUCUUCAAGGUCCAGCGGUACUGUGAGAAGAGUCUCAUCAGCAGGAAGCUUUUUGGGUUUGUGGAACGAUAUGGGGGCCCUGCCUCAGCGGUGAAGAUCAACAAGGAAAACCAGAACCUGGCUGGUUUGCAGAACUUUCUUCUGACCCUCCAGCAGGGAUCUGAUAAAGAGGCAGGUACCCCCCAGAGCCCUCCUGUGGAGGCUGAGCAUGACCAGCUCCGAGCUGCCUCUCCUCUGAUGCAGAUUGAAGGAUUUCUCUCAGCCCUCACAAAUGCAAACCAAGACGGAAGAGUCAUUCUCAACAGGCAAGGCACAGUUGGUCAGAGCAGCCUCAAAUUCCUCUUGCUGAAUCCAGCUGUCCACUUUGCCAAGGUUGUGGAAGAAUGCCGUACCGUCAUCAUUGCCGGAGGCACCAUGCAGCCGGUGGCUGACUUCCGAGAGCAGCUGCUGGGCUGUGCUGGCGUGGACCCUGCCCGUAUUGUGGAGUUCUCCUGUGGACAUGUGAUUCCUCCAGAAAAUAUUUUACCCAUCAUCCUCUGCAGUGGUCCUUCCAACCAGCAGCUGGAGUUCACUUACCAGACCAGAGACCUGCCUCAGAUGAUGGAUGAGACAGGUCGAAUCCUCUGCAACCUGUGCAAUGUGAUCCCGGGAGGUGUGGUGUGCUUCUUCCCCUCCUACGAAUAUGAGAAGCAGGUGUACGGACACUGGGAGCAGACAGGGCUGCUCUCCCGCCUCUCAGCCAAGAAGAAGAUCUUUCAGGAGCCUAAGAAAGCCAACCAGGUGGAGCAGGUGCUGGUGGAAUAUGCCAAGUGCAUAAAGCGCUGCAGCCAGACAGGAGGACAGAUGACAGGGGCCCUGCUGCUUUCUGUAGUUGGAGGCAAAAUGAGUGAAGGGAUAAAUUUCUCCGAUGACCUGGGAAGGUGUGUGAUUAUGGUGGGAAUGCCUUACCCCAACAUUAGAUCUCCAGAACUCCAGGAAAAAAUGACUUGGCUUGACAAAACAAUGCCCAGAGCUGCUGGCCAGGCACCGAGCAGAGUGCUGAUUGAAAACCUGUGCAUGAAGGCAGUAAACCAGUCGAUAGGCAGGGCCAUUCGCCAUCAGAAGGACUUUGCAAGCAUCCUGCUCCUGGAUCACAGGUACGCACGCCCUGCCAUCUUUAACAAACUGCCCCAGUGGAUCAGGGAGAGGACUCAGGUGAAACCUGCCUUUGGAUCAGCGUUUGCUGAGUUAAGAAAGGUCAGAACUCAUCAUAUCUUAUGUCCUGCUACCAACACUGUUCCCCACUGUCCUCAUCUGGACUUUUUCAAGCCUUCCCUUUAGAGUAAGGCCAAGGACAAACUGCCUGGUUUUGUGUGUUCCCAGUUCCAUCGAGGCAAGUUGGCUGCUUUGUGAUGUGGAGCAGAGAGCACAUGGUAUUUGUCAUUGUGACUUACACCUCUGAAGACUAGGUCAAGUAACACAAGUUGCUCCUCUUCUGUACCUUGGACUUCGUAAAAUCUCUGCCUUCUGCCUUUGUGGAUGUUUUGUGUUCAAUAUCUGAUGGUGAGACAGCCUUCAGCACCACAGCCAGAAGGGAAACUGGUUGUAGGUCUAAGGCAGGUGAAGACAGUAGCAGUAGGCACCUACUUGUUGACAGCUGUUAAGGUUUUAUUUAAAUUGAUUAAAUACUUUCAGUAAAAACACUCAAGUAUGGCGAGUAUUCUUUAAGUACACUUAAGUAUGGGGAGUAAUUAUUUUGACUGAACACGU